CCAGUGGCAAAGUCAGACACUCACGGCCGCCUUGAAGUGCACACAUCUCGGCCAAGCAUCCCGCGACGCGUCGCUCCAGCCACCCGCAGACAUGGACCCGGAAGCGGUAGCAGCGUAACGGUGUGCCCUCCCGGCCUUUACACAGAGAGGGGGGGCUGUGUUUUCCGGAGGCUUAGUUUCUUUUAAACCAUCGCCUUAUUUUUGGAGUGGACAUUAAUUUGUUGAGGCUUGUCUGUGUCCUCCAUCAUGGCGAGUGACUCUCCUGCUCGGAGUCUGGAUGAAAUCGACCUGUCUGCUUUGCGGGAUCCCGCUGGCAUCUUUGAACUGGUGGAGCUGGUGGGAAAUGGCACCUACGGCCAAGUGUACAAGGGUCGCCAUGUUAAGACAGGGCAGCUGGCAGCCAUCAAGGUCAUGGAUGUCACUGGGGAUGAGGAGGAGGAGAUUAAAGCCGAAAUAAACAUGCUGAAGAAGUACAGUCAUCACCGCAACAUCGCCACCUACUACGGCGCGUUCAUCAAGAAGAACCCUCCUGGAAUGGAUGACCAGCUAUGGCUCGUCAUGGAGUUCUGCGGUGCCGGUUCCGUGACGGAUCUGAUCAAGAACACCAAGGGCAACUCUCUGAAGGAAGAGUGGACAGCCUACAUCUGCCGAGAGAUUCUCAGGGGCCUGACUCAUCUCCAUCAGCACAAGGUCAUCCACCGAGACAUCAAGGGACAGAACGUCCUGCUGACUGAGAACGCCGAGGUCAAGUUAGUGGACUUUGGUGUGUCUGCUCAGCUGGACCGCACAGUGGGAAGGAGGAACACAUUUAUCGGGACGCCAUAUUGGAUGGCGCCGGAGGUGAUCGCCUGCGACGAGAACCCCGAUGCAACGUAUGACUUCAAGAGUGAUUUAUGGUCACUGGGGAUCACUGCAAUAGAGAUGGCGGAAGGGGCACCACCGCUGUGUGACAUGCACCCCAUGAGAGCCCUCUUCCUCAUUCCUCGAAACCCCGCGCCAAGGCUCAAGUCAAAGAAGUGGUCAAAGAAGUUCCAGUUGUUCAUAGAAAGCUGCCUGGUGAAGAGCCACAGCCAGAGACCCAGCACGGAGCAGCUCCUCAAGCACCCCUUCAUCAGGGACCUGCCCAACGAGCGGCAGGUGCGCAUUCAGCUGAAGGACCACAUCGACCGCACCAAGAAGAAGCGAGGAGAACGAGAUGAGACCGAGUACGAAUACAGCGGCAGCGAAGAGGAGGAUGAGGAACGAGACAUGGGUGAGCCAAGCUCCAUCAUCAACAUCCCCGGCGAGUCCACCCUGAGGCGGGACUUCCUGCGCCUGCAGCUGGCCAAUAAGGAGCGAUCGGAGGCGCAGCGGCGGCAGCAGCUGGAGCAGCAGCAGAACGAGGAGCACAAGCGCCUCCUGCUGGCAGAGAGGCAGAAACGCAUCGAGGAGCAGAAGGAGCAGCGGCGGCGGUUGGAGGAGCAGCAGCAGCGGGAGCGCGAGCUGAGGAAGCAGCACGAGAGGGAGCAGAGGAGGCGCUACGAGGAAAUGGAGCAGCUCCGCCGAGAGGAGGAGAGGAGGCACGCCGAAAGAGAGCAGGAGUAUAUCCGUAGGCAGCUGGAAGAGGAGCAGAGGCAGUUAGAGAUUCUGCAGCAGCAGCUACUACAGGAGCAGGCCUUACUGCUGGAGUACAAGCGUAAGCAGGUGGAGGAGCAGCGACAGGCCGAGCGGCUGCAGCGGCAGCUCCAGCAGGAGCGAGCCUACCUGGUGUCUCUGCAGCAGCAGCAACAGGAGGGAAGACAAGCGGAGAAGAAGCAGCUGUAUCACUACAAAGACAUCAUCAAUCCCAACGACAAGCCAGCCUGGGCUAAAGACGUGCCGAAGCAACAGCAUGCCCAGCGCGUUAACCCUCCCCGCUCUAACCUGCGCCAUCACCAGUCAUUCAACCAGCCGUCGUCGUCCCCGGCCUCUCACGGCCAACCCCGAGCUCAGACCCCUAAACGCACCCCGUCCGUGGGCGCCCAGAUCCUCUCCAACCACCUCCCCCAAAUCCGACUCGCGCUAGACUCCGGGGAGUCUCUCGACCCGGGGCUGAAGCAGGAGAUAAGCCAGCAGGUCAGAGAGUUGAGGGCUCAGAGACGUAGUCAGAGGAAGUGUAGCCCGCCCAAGGAUAAUAAGGUCACUCGGAAGGAGCCCCAGAAAGAAUGUUGCAGUCAUAUUCCCAUGAGACAUCCAAACCCCGCCGCCAACCCCCAACCCCUGGAGAAAGCAGAGCACCAGAAAGAGAAGUCCCGAGGCAGGCCCCUCUCAGCGCCCAAUCACGCCGACAUCGUUUUGUCCUCAGACUCCCAGGUUGUUGUUAAAGCCCCGGCACAGGUCCACAAACUGGUGGAGGAGAGGUCUAAGCUGAACAGACAGAGCUCCCCGGCGCUGCAGCCCAAAGUGUCCAACCGCAUCUCCGACCCUUCCCUCCCUCCCCGCUCCGAGUCUUUCAGCAGCGGGGGCAUGCAGCCUGCCCGAACCCCACCCGUCCACCGUCCCGCUGAGCCACAGAUGGCCCACCUGAUCCCCGUCAAGACCCACGCCAGCUCUAUGUCCGGGUCACAGUCUCUGCAGGACCAGACGGGUUCCGCUCUGAGCGAGGGUGUCGGCUCGCCCAGGUCGGAUAUUCCCCGGCAAAACUCUGACCCGACAUCCGACACUCAAACGCCGCCGCUUCGCAUCGCUGGGAGAGAGGAGCGUGAGCGUGAUCGGGACAGAACGGCCUGGCUGAGAGAGGAAGACCUCCCGGCCAAAGUCCGAGAAUCGCAAUCAAUCCCCCAGAGGACCACUUCCAUCUCCCCAGCCUUGGUCAGGAAGAACUCCCCCAACGGAGGAGUUGGUGUGGGCCCUCGCACAGGCUCUCAACUCAUCCGAGCAAGUAACCCAGACCUGCGACGCUCCGAGCUCUCUCUGGACGCCAUGCUGCAAAGAACCUCCUCCAACUCGUCAUCCUCCUCCUCCCCUUCAUCCCAAGGAGGCUCGGUCGAGAGGAGAGGUCACAGCCGACAAGAAGGAUCCUCUAUGGGAGCCAAUCAGGAGGUCAAACAGGAGGAGAGCCGUGACUCAACCAGACCGAGCCGACCAGCGAGCUAUAAGAAAGCCAUAGAUGAGGACCUCAGCGCUCUGGCCAAAGAACUCAGAGAGUUGCGGGUCGAGGAGGGGAGCCGUCCUCCGGUCAAGGUGACAGACUACUCGUCGUCCAGCGAGGACUCGGAGAGCAGUGACGAGGACGGGGAGACGGUGGGACACGACGGCACGGUUGCUGUUAGCGACAUCCCCCGCGUCAUGCCAGCUGUGCAGAGCAGCAGCGAGUCGUACAGAGGCCUGACGGACGACUCCCUGGGUGAUGCCUACAGCAGCUCCAAGGACAGCACCCUGGUGAUGAGAGAGGCCGAUGAGAAGAGGAGGAGAGGCAGCCACGCCGAGAGCAACGGCUUCGGCAAUCACGGUAACCACGGCAACCUCCCUGACCUGGUGCAACAGAGCAACUCCCCCACGGCCGCACCCUCGGCCCUGCAGGAGCUGGGCGACAUGCCAGAGUUUGGUCUGGGCGGCUCGAAAGCAUCCUUCACCCCGUUUGUUGACCCCCGUGUCUAUCAGACGUCCCCGAGCGAUGAAAAUGAGAACUCGGCAGCUGCCAUGUUUGCCAACGAGCUCCUGAGGCAGGAACAGGCCCGACUGAACGAAGCCAGGAAGAUCUCGGUCGUCAACGUCAACCCCACCAACAUCAGGCCGCACAGUGACACGCCCGAGAUCCGCAAAUACAAGAAGCGAUUCAACUCCGAGAUCCUUUGCGCAGCGCUCUGGGGCGUGAACCUGCUGGUGGGAACGGAGAAUGGUCUCAUGCUGCUGGACCGCAGUGGGCAAGGAAAAGUUUACAACCUGAUCACCAGGCGGCGUUUCCUGCAGAUGGACGUGCUGGAGGGGCUCAACGUGCUCGUCACCAUAUCUGGGAAGAAGAACAAGCUCCGCGUCUACUACUUGUCCUGGCUGAGGAACAGAAUAUUACACAACGACCCAGAGGUGGAGAAGAAGCAAGGUUGGAUCACCGUCGGGGAGCUGGAAGGCUGUGUGCAUUACAAAGUUGUCAAGUAUGAGAGGAUCAAAUUCCUGGUGAUUGCGCUGAAGAACUCUGUGGAAAUCUACGCCUGGGCGCCCAAACCCUAUCACAAAUUCAUGGCCUUUAAGUCGUUCGCCGAGCUGCAGCAUCGCCCCCAGCUCGUCGACCUGACCGUGGAGGAAGGCCAGAGGUUGAAGGUCAUCUACGGCUCCAGCGUGGGCUUUCACGUCAUCGACGUAGACUCGGGCAACCCGUACGACAUCUACAUCCCGUCACACUGUGCCAAAGAGACCAAGAUCCAGAGCCAGGUGACACCUCACGCCAUCGUGGUGCUCCCUAAAACAGACGGGAUGGAGAUGCUGCUGUGCUACGAGGACGAGGGCGUCUACGUCAACACCUACGGACGGAUCACCAAGGAUGUGGUGCUGCAGUGGGGCGAGAUGCCCACCUCUGUUGCCUACAUCCACUCCAACCAGAUCAUGGGCUGGGGCGAGAAAGCCAUCGAGAUCCGCUCGGUGGAGACGGGCCACCUGGACGGCGUCUUCAUGCACAAGAGGGCGCAGAGGCUCAAGUUCCUGUGUGAGCGCAACGACAAGGUGUUCUUUGCGUCGGUGCGAUCGGGAGGCAGCAGCCAGGUCUUCUUCAUGACCCUCAACAGGAACUCCAUGAUGAACUGGUGAUGGCGCCGCCCCCCGCCAUUCACUCGCCACUCUCCCACUGGGCAACGAGUCACGGGAAGCCUAAAAGGGCGGGGCUGAACUUUUAAGACACACACAAAAAAAAAAACAGUUUUACGGAUGACGAGGAGGGUUGUUGUGACUCCUUUGAAACCGUUUCUUCCUCUUUGUGCACUUUUCCAUCCCUCCUCGUUCCUCCCCGUCAGCGUCCCACCUUCAUCGCUCGUCUUCUUCCUCAACGAUGUUGUCGCUCUCCGGCGGCAUAUGCAACAAACGACGUCCACAUCCCUUUAAGAAGAUGUCCUCCUGAUGCUCCCUCAUUCAACUCCAAAGGUGCUGCAUCAAACUUGCUGUCAAUCAACAAAAGGUGUGUUCAUGACCUUCCCCCCCCCCGACCUCUGAACCCACUUUAUUUAGUGUCAUGGUCAACUGUACAGCACACGUCCCCGAAUCGAGUGCGGGGUAGUCCCGUUCCAACCCAAUCGAGGCGGGACGUGGAGAUGGACGUCCGUGAGAAGGGUAAACACGUGGUGAGCGCGCUGAAGGCCGCUUGGUGGGCCUUUUUCAUGCAGUUCUUCUAUUUUUAGCAGCAAGUAGGCGGGUGGUGGGGACACCACGCAAACACAAGAAGGCAUUUGCGUGUAAUUCUAUCCCAAUGGUUGUUGGAUCCAUCAUUUUUUGCGUGGAACAUAACAAAUCACCCAAAGGGCCGUGCACGUUUGUGACGAUACAAUAACAAUAUUUCCUCGACAGGCUAGAAAAAAAAAAAGCAACGAUUUCUGGUCAGCAGAUGGCAGCAAAGGACCGUGAACUUGUUCCACUGUGAACAAACGUCGUAAAUUUGAAAACAAAUUCCUGUGUGCGCACAUUUUUUUAUCACAAUUGCAACUAAAUUUUAUGAGUUAUUGUUCAGUUUCAUGAAAAUCUUUUUCUUUUUUUGGGUAAUAUUGCUAACACCUUGUAACAAACAAGCGCGCCAACUAGCUAGCUAGGGUCCUGAUGGAAUACUUUGUCUUCUUCCUGCCACCGUGUAUUUUUAGUUGGGUUUUGUCUGCUUUAUGUCGAAUGUGAGCAUUUUAAACAAGAUGCAAGAUUGCAACUACUGCCCGAACACUAACCGUGUAGUACCACACUUCAGUCUCAAGAUGGCAGCAAAUGACUGAAUUUGUUCUACUGCGAUCAAACGUCGGAAAUUUUAAAUAAGUUACUUUUCCUGUGUGUGUACAUUUUAAUCACCAUUGCCACAGAUUUAAUGAAAAAUUGCUUAGUUUUGUGAAAAUCUUUUUUUUUUUUGGUUAAUCCUGCUAACUCCCUAUAACAAAAAAGCUAUUGCCUGAAAAAGACGAUGUAGCACCACACUUUGAUCACCAGAUGGCAGCAAAUGACCGUGGAUUUGUUCUACUGUGAUCAGACAUCAGAAAUAGAAAAUAAAUUCCUGUGUGCGCGCAUUUUUUUAUCACAAUUGCAACUACAUUUUAUGAGUUAUUGUUUCAUGGAAAUGUUUUUAUUUUUUCGUUAAUCCUGCUAACAUAACAAAAAAAACGUGCCAACUAGCUAGCUAGCGUUUGCAGAAGGAACACAUCGUCGUCUUCCUGCCACUGUUUUUUUUUUUCCUUUGAUUUAGUCUGCUUCAUAUUGAAUGUGACCAUUUUAACAAGAUGCUAUUGCAGCUACUGCCUGAAAGCUAACCAUGUAGUACCACACUUUGGUCACAAGAUGGCAGCAAAUGACUGAAUUUGUUCUACUGUGAUCAAACGUGGGAAAUUUACAAUAAGUUCCUGUUCCUGUGUGCACAUUUUAAUCACAAUUGCAACAAAAUUUGUGAGUAAUUGCUUAGUUUGGUGAAAAUGUUUUUUUUGUUGUUAAUCCUGCUAACUCCCUAUAACAAAAAAACACACCAAAAUGCUCGCUUUCGCAGAUGGAAUACAUUGUCAUCUUACUGCCACCGUGUAUUUUUUAAAUUUUGUCUGCUUCAUAUCAAAUGUGACCGUUUUAACAAGAUGCUAUUGUAGCUACUGCCUGAAAGCUAACCAUGUAGUACUGCACUUUGGUCACAAGAUGGCAGCAUAUGAAUUUGUUCUCUUGCGAUUAAUUACUAUUUUUUUGGUUGAUCCUGCUAGCUCCCCAUAACAAACAAAGGCGACAACUAGCUAGCUUUUGCUACAUCUUUGUCGUCCUGCCACCGGCCCCCGUGUUUUGUUUUGUUUUGUUUUGUUUUUUUUACUAAUUUUUAGUUUUGGUUCAUAUCAAAUGUGACAGUUUUAACAAGAUGCUAUUGUACUGUAGCUAUUGCCUGAAAGCUAAAAAUGUAGUACUACAUUUUGGUCACAAGAUGGCAGAAAAUGACUGUACAUUGGCAUGGUUAUAUUGUAAACAAACAUUGGACACUGAAUACCACAAAGAAAAUCUUGUGAAUAUCUUUUUUUUUUUUUCGUUAAACUUGCUAGCUCCCUAUAAGAAAUGAGUGCGCCAACUAGUUAGCUAGCUUUUGCCGAUGGACUACAUUGUUGUCGUCCUGCCACCAUGCAUUCUUUUAGUUUAACUUUUGUUUGCUUCAUGUCAAAUGUGACCGUUUUAACGGGCAAUUGCAGCUAUUGCCCGAAAGCUAACAAUGUAGUUCUACACUUUGGUCACAAGAUGGCAGCAAUUGACUGUGACUUUGUUCUCUGGCGAUCGAACAUCAGUCGGAAAUUGAAAAUACAUUCGCGUGUCCACAUUUUUAAUCACAUUUGCAACAAAAUCUAAUGAGUUAUUUCUCUGCACAUUGUUACAAAGUUUCGUAAAGUUUUUUUUUACGUAAUCCUUCUAAGUCCUUACGACAAACGAAUGCCCCAACUAGCUAGCGUUUCCCGAUGAAAUACAUCAUUUUUGUCUUGCCACCGUGUAUUUCUUUAGUUUAUUUUUCUUUGCUUCACAUCGAAUGUGACCGUUUUAGCAAGUGAUUGCAGCUACUGCCUGAAAGCUAACAAUGUCGUAGUACUACACUAUGGUCACCAGAUGGCAGCAGAAGAUCGUGAAUUUCUUCUAAUGCAAUCAAACAUCGGGAAUUGAAAAUAAACCGGCAUUUUAUUGUUUUCUGGCGCGUCGGCCAAACUUCCACUUAGGUUUUGUGAUUUUAUUUUUAUUUUUGUCAUAAUCCUGCUAGCUCCCUAUAACAAACAAAUUUGCCAGAUAAGUAGUUUUCGCCGGUGGGAUACUACGAUGGCAUAUUAGAGCCACACUGAAAAACAAUAAUUAUCUGAGAUUUUGAGAAUAAAGUCGAAAAUUUAGGAGAAAAUAGUCGUAAUAUUACAAGGACAAAGUCGUAAAUUUACAAGAAUAAAGUCGUACUGUUACGUGUCAGAGGUAAAUUAACUUUUUUUUUGUAAAUUUCCGACUUUAUUUUCUAAAUCUCAGAGGAUUUGAAUACUCCGUCGUAACAGGCAUCGUCUGAGACAGCUAUGAAAGGGGGGGACUUAUGUGACCUCUGGCCUUAGACAAAGGUAAUAAUACGACUUUUGUUCGUAAAUUUACAAGAAGAAAAUUCAUCAAAUUAUGAGAAUAAAGUAAUAAAUGUACUUUAUUUACGACUUUUUUCUCGUAAAUUUACGACUUUAUUCUCAAAAUCUCAGAUUAUUUGAAUAUUCGGUCGUGACAGGCAUUGUCUGAGACAGCUAUGAAAAGGGGGGGACUUAAGUGACCUUUGGCCUUAGGCAAAGGUAAUAUUACAACUUUUGUUCGUAAAUUUACAAGAAAAAAAAAGUCAUAAAUUUACAAGAAGAAAAGUUAUAAAAUUUACAACAAUACAUUUGUAAAUUUACAACUUUUUUCUUGGAAAUUCACAUCUUUUUCUUUUGUAAAUUUCCGACUUUAUUCUCGUAAAUUUCCGACUUUAUUCUCGAAAUCGCCAAGUAUUUCUUUUUCAAUGUGGCCCUCACACUUUCAUUUUUUUGCUUGAUUUUGUUUGCUUCAUCAGUGCGACCUUUUUAUUUUAUUUGAUUUUAUUUUUUUUAAACAGGAUGCUAACAUGUUUUUUGGUUUUUUUCUCCGCCACCUAUUUAUUCUUCCGGAAGGUGAUGUAAUAAAACCUCACAACGUGGUCGUGUACUGUAUGAGGUGAUGUACAAGGUGUCUGGUUAGCGUGUGGGCAAACAGGUUAACGUUUUAGCAAUAAAGAGCCUGGCAGUCUUCCCUGAUUGUGUGUGCGUGCGUGCGUGCGUGCGUGCGUGCGUGCGUGCGUGCGUGCGUGUGUGUGUGUGUGUGUGUGUGACGAAUGCAAGCCGUGUUUGUCCAUUCCAGUCAUUACACUGUGGACUCUCAAAAGACAAAACCACUGUAAUCUGUUAUUAUUUUCUUUCUUCUUCCUGCUUUGUUUUGAAAGAGCGUUACUAAUCAUCCUGUUUUGGGGGAUUUCUUUUGUUUUGUAAAAGAGACGGUGUAAGAGAAAGAAAUAAACCAAGAGCAGAGCCGUGUU